AUGGAAAAGGACUUUACGAAAGAGGAAUAUUAUAACAAAUUGAAGGCAUCCCAAGAAAGGUGCACGGAAGCCAUCGAAAAGUGUGGUAAGUUGAUUAGCGAAUUGGAGAGAAGCGCGUACUGUGCUCGAGACUUAAUGAAAGGGUAUGAAAGCAAAUUAUAUCAAUUGAGAAAACAAGAGUUAGAGACUCAAGAGUCGAAAACAGUAAUUCAAAAAAAGCGGUUCAACAACGAAUUAAAGGUUAACACACAACGGAAGAAGUUGAUGUCCAAAGUUAAUACACUUAAAGAAGAGAAGCACAAAAGUGUUCCCAUUCAAUUGUUGCAAGAAGAACCACAAGAAACUAUCGAUAACACUUUUUUCACUGAGUUGGACACUUUGAGUGAAAAAAAUAUGAACAAUGGAGACGAUAAUGAAAAUAUAGACGAAAGGCCAAUAAAUAUGAAAGAAAAGAAAGGAGAGAAAGAUGAAGAGAUGGCAAAUUUUAAAGCAGAUGUGUUUAAAACGCCAUUUUCUGCACAAGAAGAAGACGCGAUCUGCCAAUGGACGAACCUCGCAAUGUCAGACAUCAUAUAUGACAGUGCAUCGAGUCAGAAAGAAAAGUCUGUUGUUACCCAACUUCUUUUGAAAAAGAAAGACCUUGUCUUUUUAUUGGAAGAUUCUCAUCAAAAUAGAUUUGGUGGGUAUCUCCACAAGGAAGUCUCAGUAGUUCAUAAGCCACUCAGCGACAAAAAAGCGUUUUUGUUUUCCUUAUUCUCAAAUGGGAGAAUAGAGGGGAUGGAAAAAUUUGAGAUUGGUCAGAAGUACAACUGUUGCUUUAGACUUCCCAACAAAAGCAGUAAAAUUCUUUUUAAGUUUGGUGAAAAGGGAGAUUUGGUCGUCAAGUUUGAUGGUGAAAAUUCGUUUUGUCAACAGCUUUCGUUUAAUUUCAAUGGCAAAGAAAACGUGUUAUGUGGGUCAACAUAUCCCAAGACGUUUACAACAAAAAGAAUUGUUGUUGUUCAGAUGAAACCAAAAGAUGAUGCAGAAGAGGUGAAAACGGUUGUGCCAAUUGAACAAAUCGAACUCAAACAAAUCAAAGACGCAAAUGAAACAAAAGCGAAAAGUGAUGAAGAAGAUGGUCAAACAGUCCGCCUUAGCACCGAAAAACUUCACAAAGAGUUAGUGAAUGAAUUUCUUUCCCAGUCGGUUGAUUUUUCGAUGACUGGCAGAUUAGGGGAGUUUUUCAAGGUUUUUACUAAUACAAAGGAAGACGUUUUUCACACAGUAUCACCGACGGUAUUACCAAACCUCACAUCAGAAGAGAUAACCACGUUAUGUGGGUGGCUGAAGACAACGCGACCUAGCAAAGUUAUCUAUGACAGUUCAGACAAAACACUUGGUGACAGGUGGGUUGAAGAAACUAUCUCCUUAAAAGCAUUUGUUGUGCUUUUGGUAGAUAAGGAAAACAACAAGUUUGGGGGGGUUGUGUCGCGUCAAAUUCCGCGGAGAGGAACAUGGGUUUCAGACAAGAACUCGUUUUUGUUCUCUUUUGAAUCGAAUGGACGAAUGAAUAAACCGCGGAUGUUUCCGAUCAAGCGAGAGAGCUCAGCAAAGGCUUUUUAUGUCUCUGAAGAGUACGACGACUUAAGACUUGUUUUUGGGGAAUUUGGUGAUUUGUUUCUUAAAGAAACUGCAGAAGGGAAGUACAUGUGCUCUUGCAAACAGCGCUCUUACGAAUUUAUUGGCGCAUCAAAUGCAUUGUGUGGGUUGAUGUUUCCUCGGGAUGUGGAGAUUCGCAUGUUUCAAUUCAUCCAACUCGACGAUAUACUUGAUUGA